GCGCGCGCAAACCCACGGACACGCGGACACACAGAGCUCACCUGCAGACAGGUGAGCGGCAGUAGGCAGGCUGGAGCCGCAGUAUGCUGAGGGAGAGCCCUCACCUGGGAAGAUGUACGUCAGUUACCUGCAGCUGGACAAGGAGCCCACAAUGUACCCGCACCAGAACCCGGUGAGUCGCCACCCGGGCCUCAGCCUCAGCCCACAGAACUUCCCGGUACCGGGUCCGCCGCAGUACUCUGACUUCGCCGGGUACCACCACCACCAUCACCACGGCCUGAGCAACGAGCCACAGCAGGCCGGCACGGGGGCCGGCGGCUGGAGCCCGGCCUACCCGCCCCAUCCUCCCCCGGCCCGGGAUGACUGGUCUUCCCAUCACUACGCUGCCGCCGCCGCGGUGGGAGGACCCCCCACGGGUUCCGGCGUGAGCGCCCCCACGCUGGGGUUCAGCUCCCCGGAGUUCCCCGGACAGCCGCCCGCGCUGCUGCCCGCCGCCCUGAACCCGUCUGCGGGACAGCUGUCCCCCGGAUCCCCGAGGAGGAGGAACCCGUACGACUGGAUCCGAACCUCCGCGCCGCCCAGCAACCCAAAUGGGAAGACACGGACUAAAGACAAAUACCGGGUGGUGUACACCGAUCACCAGCGGCUGGAGCUGGAGAAGGAGUUCCACUACAGCAAGUACAUCACCAUCCGGAGGAAGGCGGAGCUGGCCACGGCGCUCAGUCUGUCAGAGAGACAGGUGAAGAUCUGGUUCCAGAACCGACGAGCGAAGGAGCGAAAGAUCAACAAGAAGAAGCUUCAGCAGCCGGCCUCUUCGACUACCACACCCACACCUCCCACCGGCAGCACUGGCAGUGGAGGAGGAGGAGGAGGCGGACUCCACGGGAGCAGCAGCAGCAGCAGUGUUGCCAUGGUGUCGAGCAGCAGCGGCAGCAAUGGGCUGGUUUCUCCAUCUUCUCUGACUCUAAACAUAAAGGAGGAGUACUGAGGGCCGAGGUGGAGAUGUUUCACUCGACGCUGAUGGGGGGGCUGGGACUAACGAGUCUCCUCAACAGACUGAGACACUUCAGCUCCUGAAUCUCUGCCUCUUCAGAUGUUCUGAAGCUGAAACUCAAGAAAGAAGGUUUGAAAAUGUCCUUCCAGCGGCUCCAGGCUGUCUCUGCAGAUUCCUCCUUUCUGUGAAGUCAUCCUGAGAGAAGUUCAGCUGGAAGAACCCUGAAAAACAUGCUGAUUGAUCCUGAGCCCAGUUCCUCUGCUGGGUCUAUCACCUUUAACCAAAUGUUCCUGAUAUUUGGACCAAACAGCUCCUUGCUCGUUCAUGGUUAAAAGGUUGGGGAGCUUCAUGACAGACUGCUCAGUUUCUCUCUGGUUUCAUUGGCUGAGACAAAGGUUCAGCUUGUUCUCUGUGGUUCUGUUCAUUCUGUUCCACCAGGCGACCCCAUACAGAUGUUCUACAGAACAGGAAACCUUCAACAAUUCAAAGACGGUUGUCACCUGGACCUGUUGAUUCAUCGUUACGUUUUUUUUAGCUACAGAUACUUUAAAUGUUGAUGGUAAAACUUCUGAUCCAAAUUAGAUGUUCAGGAUAAAUGGUUCUGUAAACUACGAUCCGACCCAUUUUCUCAUCUUCUGACUAAAAAACUCUAAAGAGUUUUUUCUUCUACAUUAGACAAGAAAUAAUAAAAGAAAACCUUAAAAAUGUAUUAAAAUUAAAAAUGUAACUUUUUACCGGAAUGUUUUACUAAAGCAGAUUUUUCCAUCCAUCCAUCUUCCUUACCCGGUUCUUCCAUCCUGGGUCAUGGGGGAGCUGGUGCUUCCACCAGUCUACGGGCGAAAGGCGGGGUCCACCCUGGACAGGUCUCCAGUCCAUCGCAGGGCAACACAGGGACACACAGGACAAACAACCAGGCACACAUAAGGGCAAUUUAGAGAGAACAAUUAACCUAACAAUGUGGGCCGGAGUACCUGGAGAGAACCCACGCAUGCACGGGGAGAACAUGCAAACUCCAUGCAGAAAGACCCCCGGAGUAGAAUCCAGUAGCGCACGCAGUCCUACCACCUGCGCUACUAUGCAACCCUAAAACAGAUUUUUAUUUUAUCUUUUUUUUUGCAGCACUAGAGGACAGGAAAGGGUGGAGAGACAGGAAGACAUGCGGCAAAUAUCGCUGGGGCCAGGACCGGAACCCAGGACCGGAACCCGGGACUGGAACCCGGGACUGGAAACCGGGACUGGAACCCGGGACUGGAACCCGGGACUACUGCGUCAAGGACUGAAGCCUCUUGUGUAUGGGUCACGAGUUUAACUCUUACACCAUCAGCGCUGCGAACCAUUUUAUCAGUUUUUGUAACAAACAUAAUUUAUACAUAAAUGAACACUUAUUAAUUUGGAGUCAUGUAAUCGUAACCAGGGAUUCUCAGACCUUUCAGUUUGUGUCCCCCCACUUUGGGAACCCCUGUCAUAACCCAAAGAUUUUUUUCUCCAUUCAUUUUGAAUUUGAAAAAUUUUUCUAAAGAUUUUUGAAGAAAUCUUAGUCAACAUGUUUACUCAGUUCAGCAGGUUCUUAAGGAACGUUCGAACACCAUUAAGCUGUCUCUGUUUAAAAGUUUUAGAUGUUUGUACCAGAACAUAUGGAGAACAUUGUUGGUCCAACUGAAGGACAGCUUUCAGGCUGAGUCCAUCUUUAGAUUAAUACCUUGCUUCUGUUGGACCUUAAAAAGUCUAAUAUUAUCAUGUGACUUUAAACAGCCUUAAAAACAUCCAGAUUAUCCAUCCUGGGUCUUUAAUCACAUUAAAGUCAGACGCUUAUUUAUUUAUUUUCUUCUUUCAUCAAGUUUAUUUAGAGAAUUUAAAUAAAUAACGGGCUAGAAAUAGAUUUGUAUAAGGAAUUUUGAACUUCACCAGUAAAAUAUUUAUUUGCUCAGAAUCCUUAAUGUUUUAAGGAAAGUUGAUGCGUUAAAAUUAUGACAUCACACAUCUUAAGAAACAACUGAUGGCCUUUUUCAAAGAUAUGAAGUAAUUUAUUUAUUUAUAAAGAAGCUUCCACAGAUAAAAAAUCACAAAAAGAAGAAAGAUUUAAUUAAAACAUGCAAAGAGCUAAACAGAAAUAUGAGAUGAUUUAAAAGGACUUUCAGGAAAAGCAUAUUUGAAUAAGAAAAUUUGCUUCUUCUUAAGUGAGUCCAGACUCUAAGACAAGGUAGAAAACUAAGAAAGGUUGUUCCACAGAUAAGGUCCAACAGUCUGGAAAGAUUCAUCUGGUCCAGUCAGUUUUAUCGCUGGUCCUUGAGACUACCCGUAGAUGUUGGUCUGAGGACCUAAGGCUCCAGAUGAAGGAUGUGGCUGGAAUUAUUCAGGAAUAUAUGAAGGAACUGGACCUUACUGGACCUGAUUGUUAGAGUUAGGAUUUUAACAUGAAUUCUACAUGAACAGAUAAUCAGUAAUUAGUAAAUGGUAACAGGUAACCAGUAACUGCUAACCAGUAACCGGCAACCAGUAACAGGUACCUUGUAACCGGUAACCAGAAACCAGUAACCGGUAUCUCGUAACAGGUAACCAGUAACUGGUAACCAGUAACCGGUAACCAGUAACUAGUAACCAGAGCCGGUACAUAGUUACCGGUAACCAGUAACCGGUACAUAGUUACCGGUAACUAGUAACCAGUAACCUGUACAUAGUUACCGGUAACUAGUAAUCAGUAACCUGUACAUAGUUACCGGUAACUAGUAACCAGUAACCGGUACAUAGUAACUCGUAACCAGUAACUAGUAACCAGUAACCUGUACAUAGUUACCGGUAACUAGUAACCAGUAACCGGUACAUAGUAACUCGUAAACAGUAACUAGUAACCAGUAACCGGUACAUAGUAACUCGUAACCAGUAACUAGUAACUAGUAACCAGUAACCAGGGCAGAGACAUUCUAACAGGAGUGGUGGGAGCUCUUCUGAUGGUUCCAGUUCAGGUUCCUGUGGCAGAGAACUGGGGUCCAGAGAUGUUCUGUGUCAGCCAUCAUUAAUGAAACUAACUGUAUCCCUGAAGACCUAACAUCAUCUUUAGACGAUAUACGUCAGAAACACGGUUCUGAAAACCACAAAGCAGAGUCUCCACGCCGCCUGCUGUGUUGCUGUAGAUAGAGAAGCUCUGCAGGAGAUUGCUGAGCAGAACCAGACCAGCUCUCUAAACGCAGUAAUGAAACCUCUGGAUGAAACUCUUCCAACUUUAUCUUGAAGAUCGAACAUUUUGAACCUACAAUAUUUAUACCUGUUGAUUUUUCUGCCAACGUUUCCAUCGCAAUCCUGAGACCACAGCUGCUCGUUUCUAUCUCUGUUGCUUCCAUUUUUGUGGCUCUUUUAUCUAGCUGCUGGUCCUUCUGUGCGGUUGUUGGUUCUUUAAACCGUAUCCAGAACUGGACUAAAAGUUCUGCUUGCCAGUCCAGGCAGACUGGGACGCUCUCUACAAACAUUUCUUUAUUUUCCCAGCCUGGGUUCCUGGCAUCAGUAUUCUGAGCCUGAAGGUCAUGUAGGUCAACACUUUGAAGGUUUCAGCUUUUAAAACUUGCUUCCUUCUGUUGGAAGCGUUUGCUCCUCGGCUCAGACUGAGCUUCGGACCUCUGCUCAGAAUAUUGACGGUUCUGUAUGUCUUACAACAUCUAUCCUGGAAGACAAAUGAACUUCUUCACAAAUAUUCCUUUUGUCUCUUUUAUGAGUGAACAGAUGUUUUCUCCCUGUCAGUUCUGGGAUGGUUGGGUUAACCUCUUUUAAACAGAACCAGCUGAGACAUGUCGUACUUCUCCUCUUCUGGAUCAGAGGGGACCGUCACAGCUCAUCAAAGUUUUACUGAACAGCAACAUUUUAACAAUUUUAGAUUUCCCAGAGAAAUUCUUCUCUAGCUUUGAACCCAAACUGAGCUGGUGCUGAUCCAGAUCUGUAGGAACAGGGUUACUUCAGGUGGUGGAAAUGUUGUAAAAUACUCAUUUUAUUCCAAGUUAAUUUCACAGAAAAUGACACUGAUGGUUUUGUCUUAAUGUCCUGUAAAUGUUUGUGAUUUUAAGAGAUUUCAUCAUGUUUAUAUUUUAACUGUAAUUUUUAUUAAAAACAAAAAGCUUUACUGUAAAA